AAAAAUUAAAAAAUUGAAAAAAAUUAAAAACAAUUUAAAAAAAAAUAAAAUAAAGUUUCAUCAAUUAUUAUUAUUGAACAAAUCUCACUUGAUUUCUGCAUUCUGCCAAAUAUUCAACACCACGAAUAAGGAAAUAAUAAACUUGGACAACCCGUUGUAUAUCAUGUUGGAACGUACAUACAUAUAUGUAUACUAAACAGCCGUCCAACGCAUUAUACAACUUGUUGAUGCAAUGGUUGGCGCGUGUGUACUCUACAUUAUACAGGUAUAUGCAUGGCUUGGUAGCUAUAUUAUCGCUCAGAAUUGCUCGGUAAAAUAAGUUUGUUUUGUUCUAAGAAUAAAUAAAUAAAUAUGUGCAUUACUUUCGGUCGGUAACUACUUCAAACAUUUUUCCUUAUCAAUUAUUUUCGUAUGAAAAGAUUUAUGAGACAAACUGUAUGUUACACUUUAAAAUAUAACUUUAAUUAUGAAAAUAAUUAUUAUUCAGUAUUUGGUUCUUAGAUUUAUUUGUAAAACCGACAUACAUACUUAAUGGAAUUCCACUGAAGUUAUAGCCUUAAUAAAGAACCCAAAGUUUGCUCUUUAAAAUUAAUUAUAAUCGUAUUAAAAAGUUUAACCUUUAAAAAGAGUCCGGUCCCAGAGUUGUUCUUAGAAAUGUUAUAAAAAAAUGGUUGCCUAGCUUUCAAUGAUUUUCAUGCUUUCAAUGCUCACCAAAACUAAGAAGUUACACAGAAUUAAUAAAGGGUGGAUCAUCGGAUAAGUUUUUCAUAAAAAUUAUAUGCAAAAAUAUGGUUGCAUAUCUUUCUAUAAUUUCCUAGAAAAAGUGCAUAGCUCGAUAAACUUAAUAAAGUAUGAACGAUUGGUCAAUAAUAGCAACUAUUGAAAACCCGGGAAAACUACUGGUCGAAUUAUCUCGUUUUUUCGGAAGUCCAAAAAAUAUUUCUAUUACUCAUUUUGAAUUCAUAAUUCUUUUAUAUGGAUGUGGUUUUAAUAAAUGCUUAACUUUUGAUAAUUCAAUAUGGUCGAAUUAUCUCGUUUUUUCGGAAGUCCAAAAAAUAUUUCUAUUCAUUUUGAAUUCAUAAUUCUUUUAUAUGGAUGUGGUUUUAAUAAAUGCUUAACUUUUGAUAAUUCAAUAUCAGUAAAAAAUUAUGUAAAGUGGUAUAGGUUUGUGCGUAAGAGGACUAAGUUUAGAUUUAUUGAGGAUUUUACCGUUUACGAAAGAUUUCUCGUAUCUUAUUAUCGCAGUAUUCGUAUCGAUGAUAACAAAAUCACCAUUCAUAAAUAUCUGUCCCAAAAAACCUCCUUAUAAAUCUUAUUGAUAAAAUUCAAAAAUCGAAAUUCCCCAACAUAUCUAACUUCAGACCUCUGACGUGCAUAUUUAGGCAAUAUGCAUAUCGCUCGCCAUUGGGGAACGCUAUAAAAGCUCAUGCACCGCAGAACACUGCUAUCAUAACAUUUUCAAACAUGUUCAAGUUCGUGAUUCUAUUGUCGGCAAUUACCUGCGCACUAGGCGCAUCUGUACCUGAGGGUCUCGUCCCGCAAUUGGAUGGACGCAUUGUCGGUGGUGCUGCUACAACCAUCAGCACUUUCCCAUGACAAAUAUCCUUGCAGCGUUCGGGCUCUCAUUCCUGCGGUGGAUCGAUUUACAGCGCUAACAUCAUUGUAACCGCAGCUCACUGUUUGCAAUCGGUUACCGCUUCUGUGCUGAAGGUCCGCGCUGGUUCGACAUACUGGAACUCCGGCGGUGUAUUAAUACAGGUCUCCGCAUUCAAGAAUCACGAAUCUUACUCCUCCAGCUCCUAUAACAACGAUAUUGCCGUUAUCCGUUUGGCCUCUUCACUUUCGUUCAGCUCAUCCAUCAAAGCCAUCUCUCUGGCUAGCUCUGCACCUGCAAAUGGCGCCUCUGCUGCUGUAUCCGGCUGGGGUACUCUAACAUACGGUGCAUCAUCCUUGCCCAGCACAUUGCAGUAUGUCGAUACGACCAUUGUCAGUUUGUCUAAGUGCUCUUCGAGCUCCUAUGGCUAUGGUAGCCAAGUUAAAGGCGCCAUGAUCUGUGCUGCUGCCUCCGGCAAAGACGCUUGCCAGGGUGAUUCUGGUGGCCCAUUGGUAUCUGGUGGAGUGUUGGUUGGUGUUGUAUCCUGGGGUUACGGUUGUGCAUACGCCAACUAUCCAGGUGUGUACUCUGACGUUGCUGCUCUACGUUCGUGGGUGGUUAGCGCCGCUAGCUCAGUUUAAAAGUAUAAAUAGCCUCAAUAAAAAAUUUGCAAGUGAAUAAAAUUUUAAAAUUUUCUUUCGAAAUAAAAUAUAUUAUUUUCGUUUUUAUUGGAAUAUUAUUAUGAAGCAAUAAUAAUAUCAGUUGAUGGAUAAUAAAAUAGUAGUAUUUGGGUAGUAGUAGUACUCCUAGAUUGUUACAUAUAUCUGUGAAAGUUGCUUAGAGCAAACUUUUUCUCUAAAUUUUGGUUUGCAUCUUGAUGCUGUCUCUCAAAAAUAGUAACCUAAAAUUUUAUGUCAUUUCAUUUCUAUAGGUUGAAUUCAGGAAAAUAAUUCAAACUGAUUAAAUCACAUUAAAAAAUCAUUUAAAUAUCACAAACGCCACUUGGACAUACAUACAUCCAUACAUACAUGUAUACUAAAUAAUCGCAAAGCUAUUAAUCCUCAACGCUUUUCUCUUAGCAGCAGUUUCUUAUCGCAGAAAAACUUUGCACAGCUCCUUCCAUACAAUUCAUGCAUAAGAGCAUUUGUUUGCCCCUCAACAGCAAUAAUUUUAGCAAAUGUUCGCUUUAUUUUUGCAUUUAUUUACUCAGCUGCCAACACCUUGCUCCAAUCGCUGGCAACGUCAUCAACAGUGGGCAGAUAUGCCCACGAAUGCGAGCACUUCCCAACACUAGCUCAGCCCACUUUCAUCGUCACGUUUAUUCGUUGUCUUGGAUCGCUAAGUUUACAUGAUCUACGUGUUUUUAACAUCUCUUUGUUUUAAGUGGUGUCUGUAUUUUGUAUGCAUUGUAUUUUUAUUUCUUUACUUUCCAGAGAUCAUUGAACGCUUCAUUGCCUGCCUUUUCUUUGUUAGCCAAGCAGGCAGUCAAUGCGCCGACUACGUAGCUGGUAACUGAUGAUGUUGUGGCAAAGGUAAAUGCCUUUCUCUUUUGCGCAAUCGCGCAAAUUUUCCCUUCAAGCGACAACGAAAAGCUAUUUAGGCAGCACAGCCAAAUUUUUCAAUGGUGGUGCUGAUCAACGCCAACGUUGUAAAGGUGUCAUUAAAAUAUUGUUCGCACAUAUGUACAUACAUACAUACAUACAUAUGUUUGCACAUAGAAAACGGAACAAACUUCACGUGAUAAUUUUUGCAUUUGAUUUAUUUUUGACAAACUCGAUUUUGUAUUUCUGUUUAAUGUUUGUCCAACGAGGCGCAUGCGGAAAUGUCAAAAAAUGAGAUAUCAGAUAGUCGCGCAGAUUCCUAAACCGGUAUUAGCCGUGUUAAUGACGUGCUGGCUGCCAGUCGACUCUCGUUUCUGCCAGCUGCCUCUACAGUAAAAGCGCCACAAAAAAAAAAUAGUUCCUCGCUUUUUGCAGUGCACUUACCUUUGUCACAUUUUUGGGUUGUUGGCAGUUGA